AUGUCCGAGCAGCCUUACGACCCCUACAUCCCCUCUGGCGCCAAUGGAGCCGGCGCCGGCGCCAGCGCCGCGCAAAAUGGUGACCCCAGGACAAGGGAAAUCGACAAAAAAAUCCAAGAGACCGUUGAUACAAUGCGCUCCAACAUCUUCAAAGUUUCAGAACGUGGUGAACGUCUAGACUCCCUCCAGGACAAGACGGACAAUUUGGCAACAUCAGCGCAGGGAUUCCGCAGAGGUGCCAACCGCGUGAGGAAGCAAAUGUGGUGGAAGGAUAUGAAGAUGCGCGUGUGCCUUAUCGUUUGUAUCAUUAUUCUGCUCAUUGUGAUUAUCGUCCCUGCAGGUAAGAUCAGCGGUGUUCUCCGGCACUCCACCCAGCUGGACCCGGUAAAGCAUCCCGGAGUGCGCUAA